AUGCCUGGGGUAGAAAUUGAUCGAUCUACCUUAUGGAAGAAAGCUAGACAGGACAAACGUGGUAACAUCCCGGAUCCAAAGGUGGCAGAGAAAGCAAAAUUAAUUGAUGAAUUGCAAAAACGAGUCUCGGAAGGCAGUCUCAGUGUAUCUGGCAGCAAUGAUGUGUUGACCAUGGCUUUGGGUCCCGAGCAUCCAGGGAGAGUGAGAGGGGUAGGUGCUGGGAUUUCCCCUAGGCAGUACUUCAAUUUACCCAAACAACAGAGGAUUAAGUUUGCCGAUCAUUUAAAGGAAGGUGUCAGAAUUGUCCUUCAAGAAGAGACUAAGAAGAUGGAAGCUAGGUCAAGGGAAGAGACUUUAAGGAUGGAGGCUAGAACCAAGCAAUUGGUAGAGGCUGAGAAGGAAAAUUUACUGAGUCGGCUUUCCCAACUCAUCUCUGUUUUUUUAAAAACUAUUAGACGUCGUUAUUAUGAAGAAAACCGUCGUUUGAAAAUCAUACCACGACGAUUUUAUAAAUAA